UUAUUCCGCUAUAAUGUUAAAGUAGAAUAAGCCGCCUGGAAGAUUUCGAUCAGCCGUAACAAUCUGUCCUCUCUAUCGGAAGAUUUACCACUGAUUUACCGCCGCCAUUUAAUGGACGAUGGGAAGAAAGUCAUAAACAAUUACAAUUUAUUACCUCGAUUUAUAAUUCAUUAAUUGACCUUGUGCAGCGACUGGCUUUUCGACGAAUUCGAAAAGAGCGGAAGAGACGUGUUCGCCGGAUAAAGACGGCUGGUUUCGCGGGUGUUGGAUUAGGCUCGUUUGACUAGCGGCUACAUCAGUCCAGGACUUCGCUCCUUCGACAAGCAUGCAGCUCGUCUGGUUAAUAUGUCAGUUGACAGCGGUUACAGCGAUUCCGGUGUUGCCCUCGCCGUCGUUCACGCGGGUCUGGAAGAUCUCGAACACGAGGAACGACACGGAAACUCACGACUAUCUAGAGAAUCGGGAGCAAAGAAUUUGCGAGACACCGUACUGCCACGAGAUCGCUAGAAAAAUUCGACACAGCAGAGACGUGACCGCGGAUCCCUGUGAAAAUUUCUACCAAUACGCUUGCGGUUCGUGGGGUUUGCAUAAUUCCAUACCAGAGAACGAAGUCGAGUGGUCCGAAGAUCACAACGUCAUGGAAAAGACACACAAACGUAUCAGAGACGUCCUUGAAGAACCCGACGAUCCUAACGAGAUUCCGCCUGUCAGACUAGCGAAAAAACUUUAUCGUUCCUGCAUGGACGUAGGAGCGAUCGAAAGGAGAGGCAUCAGGCCGAUCCAGGAAAUCCUGGACGACAAUGGCGGCUGGCCGAUGGCAGUGCCAGUAGGCAAGUGGGAUCCUGACAGUGUACCGUGGCAAACCAUCGAUAAACAUUAUGUCAGAUUGAUAGGGAACAGUGCUUUCUACAAUCUCGAAUACGAAAUCGAUUUGAAUAAUACGCGGCGAUACGUGUUAACAAUAGAUCAAGACACCGACUACCCUUUAGCAAGUAAACGGGAUAUAAACAAAGUGUUCUACGAUAACGACACGUACUCUCGUGGUAUUUAUCACGUAGUUCAAGCUUUCGCGAGAGAAAAAGGGUAUACUUUAGAUCGUCACCAAUUGGCCACUGAUAUAUCGAAAAUGAUGUAUUUCGAGAUUGAAUUAUUGCAAAUUAUCGAAAAUGGAAAGGAAGUGCACACGGUCAGCAAUAAUUACGAAAGAAUGACAAUUAAGCAAUUACAGAGAUGGUACGAAAAUUCCGGUAUUACUUCGCCUUCUGCAAUGAUAGACUUCUUGGAAGUGGUACAACACGCAUUUAAGCUGGCUGAUAUCAACGUGAACUCGUCUGAACACAUUAUAGUGUAUAAUCCCGAGUUCCUUCAUAAGCUGGCGAGGCUACUUGCAAACACCUCAAGACGUGUGCUAGUAAACUACAUCCAAUGGAACAUGGUGGACAAAUUCCUGUUGUUCACCACGGAGGAGAUGAGAGACAUCAAGUUCAAUAUAUCCUUCUCGUCGUACAAUAUUUCCAAUUACACACCACGAUGGCAAGUCUGUGUGCACAAUAUGAAAAUACAAAACGCAGUCUCCUACAUGUUUGUUAAGAAAUAUAUGACGGAUAAUGUUAUUCACGAGGCGAUAAGAAUGGUUCGAAAGAUAAAGGAAGAGCUGAAGCAUCGAAUAGAACAGGCUCAUUGGCUACCGAGAUCUAUGAAAGAAACGCUGACACAAAAAUUGGAGAACCUCGAAACUCAAAUUGGAUAUCCAGAUUGGUACAAAGACGACAAGGCUGUUACUCGAUAUCACGAAGGGUUGCGCAUAGGUUCAGAUUACUUCCAAAAUAUCAUGAAUUGCCAAGAAUACGAAUUAGUAAGAAGUUUGAAAGAGUUUAAGGAUGUUGUUGUGAAAAAACAGUGGUUGGAUUAUCCUAUCACAGUUAACGCGUUCUACGCACAAACAGUCAACGCGAUACUCAUACCAGCAGCUGAACUUCAAGAUCCAUAUUUCACACCACUUCUACCAGACGUUGUCAAUUAUGGAACAACCGGAUUCGUAAUUGGACACGAGUUGUCCCACGGCUUCGACAACGAAGGAAUACAGUUCGACAAAGAAGGCUACAGAAUUUCAUGGACCUCGCAGCCGGCGUCGUACGAAUACGAGGAACGAGCAAUGUGCUUUGUCGAGCAGUAUGGCAAUUAUACGCUCGAUAUCACGGACGAAUAUGGAAAGCAUGUUAAGUUGGAUGGACAUUUGACCGAAGAUGAGAAUAUAGCGGACUCGAUUGGUGUACAAAUAGCAUAUUCAGCUUACAAAAGAGCAGCGAAACAAAAGCUACAAACGAAAUUACCUGGUCUCGAGGAUAUCUCCCACGACGAGCUUUUCUUCUUAUCUUUCGCAAACUCCUGGUGCUCGUCGACCAGACCGGAAUACGAGGCAGAUGUAAUCAACAGCGAUGAACACAGUCCUGCCAAGUAUCGCAUUAUAGGCUCUCUCUCGAACAUGGCCUCAUUCUCCAAAACCUUCAGAUGUCCGAGAAGCAGCUCGAUGAAUCGACGGCACAAGUGCACGUUGUGGAAUUAAUUGUGUAAUAUGAAAAGUCCAGCACGUUACAAUUGACUUUGUACAGAGUAUUCUUGUACAGAAUUAGAGUUAGUAUCGUUCGCCGGUUUGUACUUUGUAAAGAA